CGGAUGAUGGGCUGCGGGGGGAGCAGGGCGGACGCUAUCAUCGAGCCGAGGUACCACGAGAGCUGGACCAGAGACACCGAGUCGACGUGGCUCACCAACACCGACGUGGAGGCUCCUCUGCCGGUUGGAAACAGUAAAACGUUCGAAUCGGGUCUACGCGAGAAGAGGAUGGUGACGACGGGCACCCAGUGCGGCAAACAAACGCUCCCCAGAACCAGAACCAGACGCUCCAUCAGCGAUCAAACCGGUCGUGACGCCAAGCGUAAAACGUCCAAAGAUUCGGCCGCAUUAGCCAAAGACGCUCAGUCCGUCUGCAGCGGCGACGGCGAGCCCGCCGAAACGUGCGACGACAGAUGA